AUGGCUCUUACCUGUAAACUAGGGUUCUUACCACAACCAUUUCACACCGCCACAAACCCAAAUACAAAUUCUCCUUCUUCACUCAGGUUUUCGCUUAAACUCAAAGGGCAACCAAAACUCAGGAGUGUUGUUAAAAUGUCGGCAACUGAAGUCACAAAUCCGACGAUUGCAUACGAUUCCUUCACAGUAAAGCCUCCUCUACACCCUACUUAUGAUUUGAAGGGCAUUAUCAAGUUGGCCCUUGCAGAAGAUGCCGGGGAUCGAGGUGAUGUAACAUGCUUGGCCACCAUUCCAUUUGACAUGGAAGUGGAAGCUUAUUUCUUGGCGAAGGAGGAUGGUGUCAUUGCUGGAAUUGCACUUGCAGAGAUGAUAUUUAAUGAGGUCAAUCCUUCUCUAAAGGUGGAGUGGUCUAAAAAUGAUGGAGACUUUGUCCAUAAAGGACUGCAGUUUGGAAAAGUUCAUGGACGGGCACAUAACAUUGUUGUAGCGGAAAGGGUAGUGCUAAACUUUAUGCAGAGGAUGAGUGGCAUUGCAACUUUAACCAAGGCAAUGGCAAAUGCAGCGUCCCCUGCAUAUAUAUUGGAGACUAGAAAAACUGCUCCGUGUUUACGUUUAUUGGAUAAGUGGGCGGUAUUAAUUGGCGGAGGUCGAAAUCAUAGGAUGGGUUUGUUUGACAUGGUUAUGAUAAAAGAUAAUCAUAUAUCAACUGCUGGCAGUGUUACAAAUGCUCUCAAAGCCGUAGACCUGUAUCUAAAGCAAAAUAGCCUUCAAUUGGAGGUUGAGGUUGAGACCAGGACACUUGAGGAAGUGGAAGAAGUAUUACAAUAUGCAUCUCAAACAAAGACUUCUUUAACUCGAAUCAUGUUGGAUAAUAUGGUUGUACCUUUACCUAACGGAGAUGUGGACAUAUCUAUGCUGAAAGAAGCUGUUCGGUUGGUUGAUGGGCGAUUUGAAACUGAGGCUUCCGGCAACGUUACCAUAGAUACAGUACAUAAAAUCGGGCAAAGUGGAGUAACCUACAUUUCUAGUGGUUCCUUGACUCAUUCAGUAAAAGCACUUGACAUCUCUCUCAAAAUCGACACUGACUUGGCGCUUAAAGUUGGAAGGCGCACCGGAAGAGCUUGA